AUGGAGACGCGCCUCGGUCGCUGUCUUUACAGCCUUUUCGCUAAGUGGAUUUGGCUCUUUACCUUAACUUCCAUCCCGGGCACAACAAAAGCGGAGGUAAGGUGCAUUCCCUCGUGCCAGCUGCCGGUUAUCAGAGCGUUUCCCCGGGAACUGGCCGCGCUGGAAUUGGUCAAAUUCGUCGAGGCGCCGGCUGAUGAAUUUGUUGGAUUUACUGAGGGGUCACCGAGUGCCAAACCUAUCUCCAGCGGGGACCAGAGGCACAACAUUGCGGAAUUUACCGUGAGUGAAGAAAGUUCAUUCAAAGUGCAGCAGCCGGUGGGUAACAACACAGCUUGCCUUCAGAAGGACGCGCUAAACGGUCAACAAAAACUUUCCGUCUCCAAAGUGUCUUCUCAAAGUGCUUCACGCGCGGUUUCCCUAUUCCCCAGUGCCGAUAAUUUAACCGAAAAUAGCAGCGCCGGGGAAAAAAAUAACAGCUUUUACGGAGAAAAUGGGACGCAGGUUGGUGUGAUGGCAAAGGAGGACAAGGUUGCGGCCAGUUUUAGGAAUCGGUGCCGGAGAGGAAAGCGCAGCGCUCCGGUGGCGGAGCAAAGCACAGGGACUUGGUCCGGAUUCAGAUCUGAAGGGGAGGAUGCCUCCUCUGCGGGUCAACAGGAGUUUCACUUGACAAGUUCAACAUUUGCGCUCACUGGUGACACGGCUCACAACCAAGCAAUGGUGCACUGGUCCGGCCAAAAUAGUAGCGUGAUCCUCAUGUUGACAAAAUACUAUGACUUCAACUCUGGCAGAGUAACGGAGAGUUCUUUGUGGAGGUCAACUGAUUAUGGGACAACGUAUGAGAAGCUUAAUGAAAAAGUGGGGCCAAAAACGAUACUGAGCUACUUAUAUGUGAGUCCGAACAACAAAAGAAAGAUCAUGUUACUGACCGACCCGGAGGUGGAGAGCAGCCUGCUCAUUAGCCUUGACGAGGGGGCGUCCUAUCAGAAACACAGCUUAGCCUUUGAUAUCCUCAGCCUGCUUUUCCACCCUGAGCAAGAGGACUGGAUCCUGGCUUACAGCCACGACCAAAAGCUCUACGUCUCUGUUGAAUUUGGUAGGAGGUGGCAGCUUGUGCAUGACAAUGUCGUCCCCAACAGAUUCUAUUGGUCCAAACUGGGUUUAGACAAAGAGCAAGGCAUGAUCCACCUGGAGAUUAGUGUGUCUGAUGGACGGUCACAGUACAUAACGUGUAAACUGCAGAACUGCUCUGAUGCAAACAAGGGCAAGCCUUUCCCGGGAUUUAUCAUCCCUGAUUCCCUGGUGGUUCAGGAUGAAUACGUUUUCAUCCAGGUGCCAAUGGGUGGUCACUCUGUCCAUUAUGUGUCCUAUAAAAGAAAUGCUUUCUACCCAAUGAAGCUUCCCAAGUACACUCUGCCAAAGGACUUGCAGAUAAUCAGCACAGAUGAUAACCAGGUGGUGGCAGCGAUUCAGGACUGGCACCAGAAUGAUUCCUACAACCUGUACAUGUCUGAGUCCAGGGGGCUGUUCUUCACACUGGCGUUGGAGAAUGUUGUGAGCAGCGGAGGCCCUGAGGGGAAUGUCAUGAUAGACCUCUAUGAGGUGGCUGGGAUUAAAGGGGUGUUCCUGUCAAAUAAAGUUGUUGAGAGCCAAGUGAAAACUUACAUCACAUACAACAAGGGGAGAGACUGGCGUCUUCUGCAGGCUCCCACAACCGAUCUCCAGGGAAACAAGGUCUACUGUGAACAGCCCUACUGCUCAUUACAUCUGCACCUCCAUGUGUCUGAGAAUCCUUAUACCUCCGGAAAUAUUGUCAGCAAAGAUUCAGCUCCAGGAAUUAUAAUAGCGUCAGGUGUGGUUGGCCCUGAACUGACCAGCACUAAUGUCAGUAUUUUCAUCACAUCUGAUGCUGGAAACACUUGGAGAGAGGUUUUUGAGGAAGAAUACAGUGUGUUGUUCCUAAACCAAGGAGGAGCUCUGGUAGCCAUCCGACACACGCCUCUGCCUAUUAGACACAUUUGGCUGAGUUUUGAUGAGGGCAGAAACUGGGACAAAUAUAGCUUCACCUCCUCUCCUCUCUAUGUUGAUGGGGUGUUGGGGGAGCCUGGAGAGGACACCCUCAUAAUGACAAUAUUCGGUCAUUUCAGUCAUCGUUCUGAGUGGCAGCUUGUCAAAAUUGACUUCCGAUCCAUCUUCAGUCACCGGUGCACAUCUGAAGAUUAUCUGACCUGGCAGCUACACAAUGAAGGCGAAGUGUGCAUCAUGGGAGUAAAGAGAAUCUUCCAAAAGCUGAAAACAAAUGCUCGAUGUGUCAAGACCAGAGAUCAGCAUAUCUCCCAAAUGUCAGACCCUUGCCCAUGCACAGAGGCAGAUUUUGAGUGCGACUAUGGGUUUGAGAGGCAAAGUGACGGGAGCUGCACGCCAGCGUUUUGGUUCGUUCCAUCAACGGCAUCUAGAGACUGUAUCACCGGGGAUAGUUUCCUCAAUACAACAGGAUAUCGCAGGGCACUGUCCAAUAACUGCACUGCUGGAACCUUGUUGAAGUACAGCCCGAGGCGACAGAAAUGUCCCAGUCAGGCUCCCAGGGGCCUCCAGCUCCUCACGAGUGAAGGAACGCUGGUAGCAACACUGGGAAAGAAUGUCACCUUCUUGGUUUUCCUGGAAGAGGGUCUCGGUUCAACAACAAGCAUAACUGUGGACUUUGGUGACGGCACGGCUAUAUCCUAUGUCAACAUCAGUUCCAUUGAGGAUGGGGUCAAGCAUGUGUACAGUAAGGUGGGCAUCUACCAAGUAUCUGCCACAGCGCGCAACACGCUGGGCUUCGACUGGGUGAUCCUCUACCUCCAUGUCUCCCGUCGACUUGAACAGGUCCAGCUCUUAGCUCCCUCUGUGGUUGUCAAAAACAAAGCAGUUAACCUCACAACAGUGCUGCGCCCCAGCCAUGUAGGAACAGUCACCUAUUACUGGUGGUUUGACAACAAAACUGAGCCGGUGGUGACAUUGGAAGGAGGAAUGUCCUUCACUUUCUCCAAAGAGGGAAGUCACACUGUUACUGUUCAGGCUUCAGUUGGCAAUACUGUGCAUCAGGACAAGAGGACCCUAGUAGUAUAUGAAUAUUUCCGGUCACAUGUUUUGGCCUUCUCUUCUAAUUUGGAUGAGCUGAACCCUGGGGUGGCUGAGUGGAGAGAGGACAUCAGCAGAGUGGUGAAGAACUGCAUGGUUCAGGUCACAGGAAUCAGUGAAGAUCAACUUCUGGUCACAGUGCUUCCAGGUUUACCCACCUCAGCAGAGAUUUUUAUUGUGCCCGAGAAGAGGUCAAGAGAGGGAGGCAUUGAUGAAAAGCUGGCACACCUAGAUCAGCUUUCUCAGGUCCUGCUAAGUGCUCUGAACCAGGACCUCAUCCAGUUCACACUCAAACCAGGGGUGCAGGUGAAUGUGUAUGCCACCCGUUUGUCUCCAGCUCCUCUUGUGGACAGCAGUGAUAAUGGCCACAACGGUGCUGCAGUCAUCAUGCUAGUGUCAGUCGUACUGAUGGGCUUGGCAGUAUUUGUAAUAUACAAGUUUAAAAGGAAGAUCCCUGGCGUCAAUACAUACACAGCGGAGCAGCCGGACAAAGAGCAAGAGGUGAUUCCUACAGUGACCUCUAUAGCCGUCCCAAACCCCGAGGAGGACAUCACAACCUCACUGGAGCACGUGGAUGUAAAGUUGGACUCACAAAGCAGAGGCUACCUGCCAUCUCACACAGACAUCAAGCUCUCUGAUGAAGCGCCCCAUGUGUUUUAAUGUUGAGAGUCUAUGACCGACUCGAAAGCAAUACAUCUUCUUUGGCAGUUACUUCCAGCAAGCUAUGAAACCAUGGUCUCAAUGAAUGGUCUCGAGUGUUUUGCUACCCAUGCAUGGAUGGACCAGUUCACACUGUGCUGCCUAAUCCCUCUGAGGAGACUGUACAGAUUUAUACUUGCCUCUUGAAAAUGGGACAUUUUUUGACUGAAAAUACUUGUAUUUUUGCAAGGACAUUGAUCUUUUUAUGUAAAUAAUGUACAUACAGAUUGGAAGAAGCUAAAGUUAUUUGUCUCAGCUGGUUACAGCGGCUCAAAGAAAUCACAACAAUGGAACAGAAGAGAUGUUUAAUAAUGUUUCAAAGUAUUCUCCUAUCUCUGGUCUUGGGCUUGUGUUUGUGAAGUGUACUUAGUUUAACUACGUGGAAAUAGCUUAUCUGAGUAAGACAGGGAGGGAACCAGAUUCAUUAAGCUUUGUACAAUCAGUAAAUCUUAUCACACAAGAUUUUCAUCAAAUGAAAGCUUGCAAUAUCCAGGAGAUGAAGGAGGGCUCUAUCUCUAUCCCAGAUCUGUGUUUUCCAUCAAGCCUGUCCCAUUGGAACCAAAAAUGUUAUGUCAUAACAAAAAUAAGAACCGAUGAUCACAGUGGACACAGAUAAGUACAGUAUAUAGAUGACCAGCUGAGUAGUCCCACAUGUGUAGGGGUCUCAAAACAGUCAUUUGAACUAACCAUAACAUCAUAAAUGUAAAGCUUACUCUU